AUGUUCAAGUUGUGGAAAAUAGUGUUAUCAAAACUAUGGUUUACACCAAAGAGAGCUGGUUAUGACUUAGGUCAUGCUAUAAAAAUGGAAACAAUCGCAAUGGAAGAGGGUAGGUAUGAACAAAAGGAGAGUUUUCCAGGAAGUAGUGGUAUUGACAGUGAUACAUCGAGUGUAUUUGAGAGUAAUGAAAGCAGUGAACAAAUAAGUGAAGAUGAAGAAGAUUUGAAAGAUGACCUCACAAAACAUUUACCUUUAUUUUAUAAGUCUGAUGCAAACCAUGAAUCACAUAACAACAUCACAAAUGAUGAGGAAUUUCAAGCAGCCGCACUUGGUCAGUUUAUGGACAUAUUAAAUGAUUUAGAUGAAGUCCUAGAUAAAUCACUGCUUGCAUGUCUUGACGAUGGUACUAAAUCUAUAGACACUGACGAAGAGGAUAUUAUUUGUAAAAUAAAAGAAUGUAUAGUGGAUAAUGAAAAUAUAUCUGAACAUUUAGGAUCCCAGAACUCUAUAGAUGAUGAUACACAAGUCGUGUGCUCCGUUCUUCCAUCUUCGACAGCAUCAAUAGAUGAUUUAGAACUUUCACAAUGCGCUCCCAUCACACGUAAUAAUCUCAUCCGUUCGAAAAGUUUCUCUGAAAUUCCACGAAAUCAUACACAGUUCACCAACGCUCAGGCUUUAGAAAGGGCGAAUACAGUAAACAAUACGCUAAGAAAUUCAAUGAGAAGAUUAGAUCCUAUAGUUCUACCGGCUAUAACAAACCAGGAAUCUGAACCUCUUACACUGCCUGUCAUAUUGUUUUUGGAGCAUCAUGUCAACGCGCGACCUACAAGUUCUCCUAUACAAUUGCAAGUGACCGCGGCUAAUUUGAGUAGUGAUGGGAGUUCGGGACCACUCAUAGUUGGAAGACGGACACUGUUAAUGAACAGAGCGUUAUCAUUACCGUCUCCUGUUGAUAGUGAUAUCACGACUAAUUGGAACGAACGAAUAUCAAGAAGUCUAGCGAGAAGCGCGAGUGCAUCUAGUUCGUCAGAAGAUUCAUUGCCUGGGUUAGCCGCUGUAAAUCACAGUCCAGCCUCUGAGGACCGACAUGAGGAUACCGAUAUGCCCCCGUUUGGAGUUUGGCCGCAUAAAAUGAGCGCGAUGCUAGCGUGUUUCAGCUGCACGAUAGGAAUAUUCAACAUCUCAAGAUUUGCCAUAUUUAGCGUUAACUUUGGAGCUAGUUUCAUAGUGCAAUUUAUUAUACUAUCAUUAAUAGUUGGUAUACCAUUGUUUACACUGCACUUGUGUUUGGGUCAAGUUUUGGAAUCUGGGCCAGUUGAUAUGUGGAAGAUAUCUCCAAUAUUCCAAGGUGUUGGUAUAUCAUUAUUGUUAACACAAGCUGUUAUUGGAAUGUAUAGUAUAAUUGGAUUGUCCUGGAUAUUCAUUUACUUCAGGGAUUCCUUUAUAACAUCUGAUGAUAUAUACAAAUGGGCAUUACCAAAUGAAUACAGCUUUGACAGUCAUAGAAAUAACACUAAAAUAUAUGAGACACUGCCAAAGUAUUUCCAUAGUGAAGUGCUUCAGAGAAAUGUGAAUUCAAACAGUUUUGGUACUAUAAAGUUUCAAGUGGCAUUCAACUUGGCUGUUGUAUGGAUGAUAGUUUUUUGUUCUCUCAGCAAAGGAUUGAGGUCAUACGGCAAGGCUGUGUAUAUGCUGAUAUUUUUACCUAUCUGCGGUACUUUAGUGCUUUCUAUCAAACUAUUGACUCUAAUACCUUAUGAUACUGUGACCAAUAUAUUCCCUGAGACUGAAUGGAGCGAAUUUUUUAUAAAUAGUAGUAGUUGGGCCGCCGCUGCUCAAGAGACUUAUCUGACAUGGGGUUUGUUGUCAGCGUGUGUGAUGCAGUUGACUACACACAAACAUCCUAAACACAAAACACAUCUUACACUACAACGGGAGAGUGCUUGUAUAGUUGUGUUCACUAUAAGUGUUCUACUUUUAGGAGCUUUCUUAGCUAAUACCUGUGUUGUUAUAUUGAAGAGAUAUGGCUUCACCUACGUGCCUAGUAGUUUCGAGACAGUUAAAUCAUCACAAUUCUUAUGGCCAGUCUCGGAACCACUACCUGGCAACACAGUGUCAACUCCCCUGCGGUAUAUGGGGCAUUAUGGUAGUCUAGUAGGAGUUACAGUAUGGAAGACUGGCAACAUUGCAAGAACAUUGAGUGGUUGGCAACCUUUACAACUGGCAACCCAGAUUGUUCCCGCUACACUGGCUGUACUUCCAACAAAUUUUCUGUCACCAGCGUGGGCGGUAAUAUUCUACUUCAUCUUAAUAAUGUUUGGUAUAGCUCAACAGCUUGCUAUAUGGCACUGCGUCAUAACAGGGAUCAUGGCUAUUAACGCUAAGGCCCUCAAAGUAUGGGAGACAACUAUAACUUUUCUAAGCUGUGUUUUUGGACUGGCUGUGGGAUUGCUUUUAUCUACUGAUGCGGGUAUACGUAUAGUACAUUUCAUCGACUACGUGUGGGUGGGAUGUUGGUGGCAGUGCAUCGUACACGUGUCGCUGGUCGUGGGUGUGUUCGUGGUACGAGGGCGGCCGUACUCGCCGGACGCUGUGGUGGGGGCACUGUACGCCGCGGGCACCCGUCUGUCAGCAACACUCGCCGCUCUAUUGAGUUUCACGUGGACCGUGGUGCUACCUGUGUUGCUCUGUGCAAUAUGCAUAAUGGAUUUUCGGACGGGACAGCAACGACAAUUGUACAGUUGGCGGAAACCUAUCAGUUACUGGCCAAUAUGGACACGCCAACUGGCAGUUUUCUUACAACUGACCGCACUUCUGAUUGUACCGGUAACCGCUUUCGUACAAACAUGGAUAUACAUAUAUAAAGGACCUACAGAUAUACUAGAGGAUGACGAGUCAAUCGUUUGCGCUGAUGACCCGAGAAUACAGAAUCUGUAUCGUCCUCGUAUUGGUUCGUCGGGCUCCACGCCGAUUGUUAUCGGUGCGGUUGAAGAUAGGCCUUCGCCCCCGGACCCUCCACCCAAAUAUACGCCGCCUCCAUCAUACUCAACCGCAACAGGAGCCCGACUUAUGCAUACUUUGAGAAGGAGCUUUAGAACACUACGGAGAAUAACAUCAACACGUGAAGAAACGGUCGACGAGACAUCACUGCCCAUCACACUGAGCGAGAGCGUCGACAGACAGCCGCAGACUACCGACCAGCGGCCCUUCACACCCGCGACGAUCACCGACGAGCCGGAUACGACACGACAUAUCCGACCGACGUCCUCACGACAAUCGCUCACACUCACAAGGGAUUACCUCAGGCGUUCCUUCGUCAGGAAGAACGACUCCAAAGGCAUUCGGUCCAGCUUACGAAGAAGCUUCAAGUACGGUGGUAAUCUGACGACCAGCCAUGAACAUUUGGUAAGGGAUAUUGAACCAAUAUCAAAUACAGUGGCCAUGUCUGCCAUGACCGAGCCCUCUCAUACAAGGAGCUUGGGAUCAGUCUUAUGA